UAUUGUCAGAGAUUUGUACUAAUUUAAGAAUUUUGACAUUUUCUACAAUAAUAAUUUUUAAAGUUUGGCAAAUCUGUUCAUUAUGCGUACGCCAUAUUUCAUAGAGCAGCAGAAAUACUUCCAGGCGAAUAACAAAGUCAAAGAAUUCGCCGUCCAUUCCUCGAAAGUUCACACUGUGGAUUGGAAUUCCGACGGAAAGAGAUUGGCGUCCGGAUCGUUCGACAAAAGUGUCGUCACAUUCACACUGGAUCGGGAUAGAUUGACAAAAGACCACACAUUUAGAGGACACACUGACAGUGUAGAUCAGCUUUGCUGGCACCCAUUCAAUCCCGACAUCCUUGCCACUGCGUCUGGGGACAAGACAGUUCGGCUGUGGGAUGCCAGAGGAAGAAAAUCUGUUGCUACUGUCAAUACCAAGGGUGAAAACAUAAACAUAUGCUGGUCCCCGGACGGCCAAACGAUAGCAGUCGGUAACAAAGAAGAUUUAGUAACAUUCAUCGACGUGAAGAGUCACAAAUGCAAAUUAGAGGAACAGUUCAAGUUUGAAGUCAAUGAAAUCUCGUGGAACAAUCAGGGAAAUUUAUUUUUUAUCACAAGUGGCCAGGGCAGUGUACAUAUUUGGAGUUACCCCGAACUGAAAUCCCUGCACGCCAUACAAGCCCACCCGGCCAAUUGCAUCUGCAUAGAGUUCGACCCCACCAGUAGAUACUUCGCCGUAGGGGGUGCCGAUGCUCUCGUCAGCUUGUGGGAUGUCGAUGAACUGGUCUGUGUCAGGACUUUUACGAGACUUGAUUGGCCAGUUAGAACACUAAGCUUCAGCCACAACGGACAGCUACUGGCCAGUGCAUCGGAGGACCUCGUGAUUGACAUAGCAGAGGUGGAGACUGGGGAAAAAGUUGCAGACGUGCCCUGCGACAGCCCUACUUUCACCGUGGCAUGGAAUCCGAAGAAGUUACUUCUCGCCUUCGCUUGUGACGAUAAGGAUAAGUUUGAAAGGGAUCGAGAUGCUGGGACUAUUAAACUUUUUGGUUUGCCCGAUAAUAGGGACUGAUGGAUGUUAGGCAGAGAUUGAUGAAUGGAUCCGUGUGUGUGUGUGUGUGGGUUUGUUUGUAUGCGUACAUUCGUGUAUGUGUUUGGUUGUAGAGAGAGAAUGAGAAGAUAGAGUGAGAAAUAGAGGGAGAAAUUGUUAUAAAUAAUUAUGGACGUGUUGGAAUAAUUUCAUUUUCAUGAUAGUAUGAUGUUCCUGUUACAUUUAUAUGAUCUUUCAUUUCAUCCACUAAACAUUUGGUUCUACUGUAUGUAAUUAUAAGUCAAUCAACUCAAGCCUGAUAGACAGUUGAAUGGCUGUAUUGUAAAUUGCGUUGUUUUAAUUUCUGUUCAAUUUAAAAGACUGUUGCAAAUAAUAUUGUGGUAUACUCGUGCAUUGUUGUUUGAUGACACGUACACACACACACACACACACACAUUUAUAUAUAUUGGAAUGAAAAUUUCAAAUAGAAUAUUGUAGCACAUGUAAAAAAGUUAAAUAUUAAGAAUUCGUUUUUUUCAAAAUUUCAUUUGAAGGUAACAAAUUUUUUAAAAAAUUGCAGCCCAUCAAAUGAUGAAACAAAAAGCCACUAUUUAAAAUUAAGAUCCAAAUCUAAAUUAUAAUAAUUGUCUAUAUAUUAUUUAUUAUUUACACAUCACUGCGAUUUAUUUAAUUUUUACUUCAUAAAACUUUAAAAAAACUUUUAAUAUCGUUAUCUUCAGCUUUUUUUGACCUUUUAACCUUUCUGUGGACGGGGUCAAGAGCGUCGGAGUUAUUUAAACAGCCGACACGUGUCGUUUUUGGGGACUUUUUAUUCUUCCUUUGUUCUUUUUUCUUUAUACUAAGAGGUGGUAAAUGACUUUUGGACGAGUUUUGGCUAGUUUUUUUGUUAUUGCAAAGCGUAUUAUUAAUACUAUUAUUAUUAUUAUCAUGGCCCCCAGAUGUUUUAAUGUAGCUCAGUGUCAAGCAUUCGUCGACAUGCAAGUUUAUAAGGUUCCAAUCGGCACCUUUGGUCACCAUCUUCUGGCAUAUUGGGCACUUUAUUUUAGAAUUUUCUUCACCGUCGUCGUUUCCGACAUUGUUAUCACCAUUAUUGUCAUCAUUAGCUUCUAGAUGAUAAUCCAUAUUGACAUCAUUAAAACUGCUUUCAUCAUU